CUAAUAAUGUGAAUGAAUAAUAAUGCCUAGUGAUAUUAAAUGUGCAUAUCUUCAUAUUUGUCUCUAUUAUGCUUUUCUUUACGUUUUCUAUAGUCUUAUUAGUAACAAUCCUUUUCACUUUUGUUACAGGCUCUUCUAUUACUCAUACAAUACAGAAGCCUACAACAAAAGCAUAUCUUCGACAUAGCUUUAAUAGUUCUACAAAGCAUUUAAUUAAUAAGAUUAUAAAAAUAAAACAAAC